ACCACCACCUCCCCCUCCUCCCCUGUCAGUAUUCCUAACUGCUCAGAGCAGCCACCCUCCCCGCGGCCCCGCAGGUGUGUCCUCAGCGUCAGCCAGGAGUUUACAGACUUCAAGGGGGCCGACGACGGCAUGGAGGAUCUGGGUGAGCUGGGACACUUCCAGCCUGGGGAUGCACCACACAUAUCCCCUGUCCCAGCGGAGGAGGAGAAAGGGGGCUCUGACAGCAGGCACCAGACCUCUGACAAAGACCUGGUCGUCAUCAACACACAACAACAACAACAUACAUCUCACCCAGGUAACGCCCAGCUCCCUCAGCCCCACUCACACCUCCACAACGGCAAACAGUGUAUUGGCAGCGUAGCCGUGCCCUGCCCACCACCCUCCAGCCCGCCAGGCCAGCUAGCAGGAGGAGAGCCCCAGAUCCAGGAGCCAAUCCAGGGAGACCUCCCUCCAGGGAGCCCCUGUCCCAGCCCAAGCUGCCCUAGCCCCAACCCCAGCAGCACUGAGGCCUCUGGGGACGAGGGCUCUGGUUCUCCGGUGGCCCAGCUGCCUGACUGGAUGGCUCCCGGGGAGCAGGUAUGGGUGGGGAAGAGGAGCGGCACGGUGCACUACGUCGGCGGGGUGGAGUUCGCCAAGGGGAUCUGGGUCGGGGUGCAGCUGGACCUGGCUGUGGGCAAGCACAACGGGACAGUCCAGGGGAGGGUUUACUUCCGCUGUCCUCCAGGCCACGGGGUGUUCGUCAAGCCCUCCUGUCUCACUAGAGGACCCCCCUCCAUGGACACCACAGACACCCAGCCUCUGGUCCGAUAAAAUUCACUAAACUCCCCAAAUUCCCAGUCUUUCCAGGAAUCCCGGUUGGAAUAUUCCCAGAAUCAGGAGGGAAUAAGAAGGAACUCCAGAAUCCUCAAACCAGCAUUUCUGGAAAACCUGGGAAUUUGGGGAAAGGAACUUUCCACCCAGGACUAUCAUCUAAAGGGGGUACCCAGAUCCAGAUCAGUUCCUACUAGACCAGGGCCAGAUCUAGAACAGUUCCUACUAGACCAGGGCCAGAUCCAGAACAGUUCCUACUAGACCAGGGCCAGAUCCAGAACAGUUCCUACUAGACCAGGGCCAGAUC